AUGUCGGAUGCCGAUGUGUCACCUGAUCCACAACCGGAGGAUCGGCCAACUGCACGUGACCACCCGAAGGGCUAUGUUGGUUUCGUUUACGAAGAUGUCUUCAAAGAGCUCUAUACUGGCACAUCAACUGCCUCGGCGGAUCCAGCGGAGGAUAAGGAGGAAGAGGCAGAAGCCGGUGCAAAGACAUCAGCCAGUGCCGUAGAUUCCGAGAUCAAUCUCAACAAGGAAGCUGAGCAGAUCAAGGCCAUUGGGGACAAAGUCCUGGCUGAUGGCGAUCACGUGGAUCACGUGCAGGAACUGCUUCGCACGAUAAGGCAGGCAGCGCGUGAAGGCGACCAAGACGAAGCAGCAGAGCUGCUGCAGCGCUGGGGCCUGGUAAUGCGCGAGCAGUUGCCUGUGCCGGAAAGCAAGUUGAAGCACAGAGUCGACCCGGAUGAGAUGGUGAGGGAAGGUCUCAUCGUACCGCGUCGCAUGAUGGAAGACAUGGAGCGGUUCUACGAGAUCAAAAAGGGACAGAUCCCUCAGCACGACAACCUCUUGGCGAUCUCGAAGCCCGAGGAGCCCAAUCAUUUUAAGAUGACGAAGUCCCUCCAGCUGCGUGCAGAGACCAAGCAGGUUCAAGCCACCCUCACAGAAGAGCAGAAAAAUCUGAUCACAGCUGACUUGCAGGAGAGGUUACGAAAGAGACCUCGUAUGCCAGCUGGACUCAAUGCCGACCAGAAAGCCAAAAAUCGGGAGAUUGUCAAGAGGAUGCAGAUGAAGGUAAACUUCCUCAAGAAUCCUCGAUUUCUGGCAGAUCGGCAAGGGAAGGACAGGGGCGAGCCUUGCCCCUUUUGGUUCACGCCAGAAACGAUCUUGUUUCGAAAUUAUGAGAUCGGUGGGCUUUAUCAGAUCCAGGUAGACUUCCGCAACUCCACUGGGAUCAGUCGACGCUUGCGAGUUCUCCCCUGCAACAACACCGCGUUUUCCGUCAAGGAACUCCGGUACGACAAGGAGCUGAAUGCCGAGAGGCCCGAGCUGGUCGGGCUCGAUCCUUUAGCGGCGGUGGUUGCGCCGGGGAUGGCUGCCCACCUCACGGUGUCUUUCGCGCCGAACACCCUCAAUGACGAGACAGAGUUCCUGACCAUCUGUACAGAGAUCGGGGACUACCAACUGCCUCUCUUGGCCAGGAGAGAUCAGCCAAAGCUGAAGAUCGACGAGCCCGUCAAUUGCGGAUGCAUGCUGGCAGGCAACAACAUCACGGAGCCCGUGAGAAUACGAAACCUCGGAGGCGAAGGCGCUUUCCGCUUGAUCAUCAGUGAAGAGGAGCCGCCGGAGGAUUAUUGCUACGAAUCCUACCCUGGCACCGACUUGACGCUUGUUGUCGGGUCAUUUCGUGUCUCCCCGGCCUCCUUCUACUUGGACGCUAACUCCUUCACGGACUUGAGCGUGCGUUUCGAAGCUGACAAAGUCGGACAUCACAGGUGUCCCUUGUUCGUUGAAGGGGACAACGGUGUAAAGACGCCACUCAGCUUAGUUGCUGUGUGUGAUGCGGUCCGCCUGGAGCUUUGCAGAUGGCCCACCCUCAACGAAGAGUUGCCGCCUGCAGCAAUCGAAGAGGGUAGCUGCGCUUGGCAACUCGUCCCGUGGCAACUUAAUUGGAUGCGGCCUGGUACGCAGGUUGGGCACAAGACCAAGCAGUCCAUCCAGAUUUCAAAUGGUGGUUUCAUGCCUAUGAGAGUCGAAUGGGCUCUAGCCCAGCCACCACGUCAGAUCCUGGCUCGGCUAGCCGUGGGUUCCAUCAAUCGCUUGACCGACAAGUUGAUCAAUGAAAUCCACGACUGGAGGGUGCAUCUGCCCGGCAACCACUUGACAGCGGCCUGUCCAUUCAAGGUGGAACCGGCAUCAGUAACGAUCGAACCGUUUACCACAAGUACCUUCACUUUUUCUUUCGAGGCAUUCGGACCUGUGGGGUCACAGUCCGCAGUUUUCGCGUACCUGGUAGCACGUGACUUGCCUGACAGCAUGGCCUGUUUGCUACACUACAACCAGCUGGUGGAGCUGCAGGAUGAGAUGCGGCCAGACGAUGACGCGUACUCCAAACAUCUCCCCCUUUUCGGAGGCAUUGUCAGUCAACCCUUCGACAAGAAGCUGAAGAGCACUGGCUCAACUGACCCGCUGGACGUUAAGGUAGCAGAUCCAAAGGAUUGUGCCGUCAGCCGAGUCAUUACAGCGGUUUGCCUACAGGGCCAGACUGUGGGGCCAACAAUUUCGGCAAUGCCUCGUGCGAUCGUUCUGCCGGGGGACGUGCUUCCUUUUGUUCCCAGCGUGCGCGAGAUCAAGGUCUACAACUCUGGCUCGCACUCAUCGUACUUCAGAGUGCGCCUGACAUCGACUCUCCAUGCAGCCGAUGCCAAUAAAAUUGAUCCGCUUUGGAUUGUCUCCGUGCCCGAAGUUGGCAUGAAACCCCAGGAGCCUCAGCCGAUUCCGCAUGCAAACCCCGUGCUUGAAGAGAUGAGACUGCAAGCUGCCCGGCUGGCCCAGUCGUGGCCGCCACUGCCACCAGAGCCAGGAAUCCCAGGAGCAUCACAGCUGCCUGGCUACGGAGCUUUGGCAUCGUGCGCCGUUGAACCACACGAGGGCCGUAUUCCACCUGGAGGUGUUGUGACGAUUCGGGUGACCUUGCGAGUUGUGCAUGAGUGCGACUUGGAUGGACAGCUCGUCAUUGAUUUGCCACUGGAUGCGAAGAGCAGCGAGCCUGCAGCAACAGCUCUCAAGGUUGGAAUCGCAGCCGCUGUUCGAGCCCCGCGAGCUGAAAUGAGGAGCACGUCCAUGUUGGACUUCGGUGUGGUGCGAGCCCAUUCGAGACACACGCUGAAAGUGGUGCUAAGCAAUCCAACGCAGCUGCCGAUGAUGCUGCAACUCCGACAGUUCAAGGACACGAAGCGCAAUCACGAGUUUCCCGUGGAGUCGCACCGGGAAGUUGUGAAUCUGUUCGUGGAUGCCGUGAACCGGAGAAGUCCGGAAGGCUUUGCGGCCAUCGAGUCCGAGCAGUACCUCGAGGCGGCCGUGCAGCCUUGGGUCCAUUCGCGCAGUGGCUGCCUCGACCAAAGUGGCCGCCGCAAGUUCGGGGCAAAGUCGAGGAGCUCCGACGAUGGUGAUCUGGAUGCGGUCAGAUUCGUAUCAGACUCAGAGGACUUCGUGUUCCAUCCCGGCUUUUUGGCACUUUGGCCAGGGAAAAGCGGCGAGGUCGAAGUUACGCUUCGGACGGGAAGCGUCGGAAAAUACACGGCUCUGUUGGAGGCUGUUGGCUUCAAUUCCUUGCAUGCCCAGUGUCUCGAAGUAUUUGCAUCCGUACAGCUGCCGUUGGUGCGUAUCAACACGCAUCACGCUCAUUUCCCAGUCACUUACCUCAGGACAGCAUCCGAACCCAUGGAGGUGGAGCUUCGCAACGAGUCCGAAAUGCCCGCCAACUUCUCAUGGAAGGUGCCGGUAAAGAUGGACGGCUGCUUGGAGGCUCAAAUCCAUCCGUCGCAGGGCUUCAUACCACCAAGAGAGAGCCGGAGAUGCACCAUCAUUGCUGUGCCUACGAAGAUCCCGGAGGAUGGUCACGCCGUUCUGCCAUGCCAUCUCUUCAUCGAAGAAAUCCUUCAGCCUUUGGAGCUGCGUGUGACUGCCGUUGUCUAUGGCUGCGAAGUGGACUAUGCUGUGGUUUCAGCUGGAGAUCUACCUCCUGAAAUAGAGCUCAAACCACGACAGCCUGGCGAUUCACCAUGCGAUCCCCGUGGCACAUACAUGAUCACCAGCGGGAAAGCUCCGAGAAGAAUGCCAGCGGUGGACUUUGGCGAGCUGCCGCUCCAAAGGGCCAAAGUCAUGCAAGUGGUGCUGUACAACAGGACGGGCAUCGCGACACCCUACAGUGUGAAAGUGGACAAGAACCCGGCCUUUGAUCCGUUGGUGAAGGGCAGGAAGAUUGGCGAUUACCUCGAUGCAGCGACUCGAAUGUACGCGCUGAUCAACCAAUCAGGUGGAGCCGAGCCUGAAAACCUAGGGGAGACUGUGAAGCAGAGCUUCGAGAAUACUCCGCAGCCUGCUGGCGCCGGCCGCGAUGACAGCGACCCAAGGAUCAAAACGAAGAAGUUCAAGAGUACUUUGAACAAGACAAAGAAGACAAGCACCAAGAAGAAGAGGUGGAUUCUGGACGACAAGCACGAGCGCCAGGCCUUCCGCAGCAGCUUCGGGGCUGAUUUUGCCAAGCAGAAAGAGAUGAAAGAGCAGGGCCGAAUGGCGCUCCGAGCCGGACGUGGCUUCGCGGUGAAGGCAGCACCAGCCAGCGAUUGGCUGCAGCCUUUCAGCACGGCUGUGAUCACUGUGACGUCCUUUAGUGAUCUGCCUGGCCUCAUGGAAGACGAGCUGAUCCUCACGCUUCGAGAGCUUCCGGGGCACUCGGAGGGAGAGAACUUCCGCAUACCCUUGCGCUUGAAGUCGUACGGGAAUCCGUUGUAUCUUCCGGAUCAGCAGGUGGGCCUGAACACCUUGGCAUCUCCUCCCAGGUUGCUCUGCGGUGUGACAGUCCCGGCAGAGAAGCAGCUGAUGAGACGGUUCAAAGUGGGCAACAACUCUGCGGCAAGGGUGGUGGUGAACUGGAAGAUCUUCCCGAAAAUGAAGCUGGAGAACAUGGCAGAAGAUCGAGCAAUGAUUCACGUGGGGCUAUGUGGCAGAAACCCCAGUAUAAAGGACCCCUUCAUUGAGGAGCUUGGAGACAAGGACGUGCCAACUCUGAAAUUGGAGAAUGACGGUGUGGAGGAGGAAGAGGAGGAGCUGGAUCCCGAGGAGCCGUUCAACUUCAAGAUUUGGUCGCAGCAACCUCCACAUAUUCAAGAUCCGUUCUCCCUACCUAGAGAUGAGCUGCCAGUGCUUAUCGAGCCGGUAGAAGCUGUGGUGCCAGAGCACGGAACUGCCAGCUUCACCGUGACCAUGACGUGCUUGAAAGCGACCCUGACAGCUGCCAGCAACUACCGGUACACUCUGAUAGGAGACUGUCGCUUCACAGCUGAUCGCGAGCAGCGCUUGGCCUUCGCUGAAGCCAAUCCCGACGAGGAGUAUGACGAGCGGCCACCCCAAACAGCCUAUGUGGCCCUCAGCCAGGAUGCUGAAGUGGAGAACCUGCCAGACAUCCAGCUGGACGGACGGGAGGUCGUGGAUGAUGACUCGGACGUUGAAGUGGAUCCCAAGGCACUGCUCCAGGAACCUUUGGUCGAGGUGCCAGCGUCGCUCGAGGUUGCGACGACGAAGCGCUUCAAGAGAAAUCGUGCAGGGCCGCCACCUCCACAGCCUUUGGCCGUGGAGCCCCAUCUGGAUGUGCUCGCCACGAUUGUCAUCGACUGCGUGGGGGAUUGUGUGUUGCCCAGGUUGACGGUGGACAAGAAGGGAAACCCUGCAGUUGAGGAGUUCCCGGCACAAAACAAGGAGCAGGAUGACAUCGGAGAUGAUCGGGAGCCUCCAGUUCUCAAUGCGCCGGUGUUUAAGUUCACUUGGUCCUCGGUGCCUCAGGGGUCUCAGCCAUCUACUGGUCCUUCGCACGGAGGUGCAGUCGGCGGCACUCAGGUUACGGGCAUUUCUUCAUGCCUGGUCCGCCAAAUCAGCUUCUCCAACCACAAUGCUGCAAAAAUCACAUGCAAGUUUCGGGUCGAAGGCCCGUUCAGGAUUCAGCUCAUACAACAGGGCGGCGCACAUCCAGUGGUGAAUCCUGACAGCUCCAGCAGUAAGGCCAAGAAGAAGGAGGAGCAGCAAUCCGACAUUCGAAAGCUUUUCGUGCUGUCGAGAUGGGAGACGGUAACGCUGCAUGUGAUGUUCACCCCUGAGCAGAUUCCAGUGGCUGAGUGGGAGCAUUACUUGACCAAGCACGAGCAUGUCUUCAGGGGCGACUUGAUUGUGGAGUACCCUCGGGAUGCGGAAGGUGAGCUCGACACCCACAAGGACGAUCUCCAGAGGAUCCAUCUGGUCGGUACUGCAAGACGGCCUGCAGUCCGAGUGCAUGUUGUGCCGAACGAGUUCGACCGCCCGAUACGCCUCGAGCGGGCUGAGAGGCCCCCUUGGUCUGAGCCAGUCCCUGUGCUCGUGGAGUUUGGUUACACGCAUGUGCAGAGCUCUGUGACGAGAUUCCGAUGUAUCCUUAUCUCCAACAUCACAAACACGCUGGCCAAAUGGUCUCUGGUGCAUGUUGGCCGUAAGCGAAAGGCUGCACCGGUGAUCGGUGCUACUUUGCCGGAAGAAGAGGAAUUUCGUGCGCUGGACGACAAGGAUGCUUUUGAGUUUGAUGUCAGUGCCGGUGAACUUCCUGGCCCAUCCAAAGACGGCUUGGUGCCUGGUUCCGAGGAACGCUUGCCCCACUGGUGUGCCAAGAGCUCCGCACUGCCCAGAGCACCAGCUUUUCCGGACGAAGAGCGCUUCGAUCCACAGCGACUGAAAAUCUCCUUUAGACCCAAGAAGAACGAGCUCUAUAAAUGCAGGUUUCGAGUUCAAGUUGAGAGUGGACUCAGCAUUGACUUCAUCUGUAGAGGGACCGGCAGCUACGAUGAAGAGGACGACAAUUUGGAUUUUCAUGAAGCUUAG